AUGAGUGACUCGGAGUCGAUCGUGUUCCGUGAGCAGACGGAAACUGACUCGCCGCACGGCGGCAGUCUGCGCGGCCCCCGCGACAAACCCCACCAACCGCGGGAGGCGCUGCAACUUUUGGAGAGGCCGCCGCUUCCGCACUCCAAAAGACGGAGCUCCGUUGCGAAGGCCCCGCCUUCCCCAAAGACGGCUCGCCCGAGGUCGUCAUCGGCGGCCGCCGAGGGGGGCCGCGACGAGAGGGCCUCUGAGCACAACCAGAGUGUUCAGUUUCACUUCGACAGCGCCGACACGAACGCCUCCACGGCGACAGGGGGCGCGGCGUCGGCGGCCCACACGCCGCAGCUGCCCCCCACGCACGAGGGAGGCGGCGAACGCGGGGAGGCACCGCCGGCGGGCGGAGGCCGCUCAAGCAGCCAGAGGACGGACUGGGGGGAUGAGUCGAUUCAGUUUUUCAUGGAGGCCUCCAGCAACCGCUCGCGGCCGCGGGUCCUCUCACGCUCCGCGUCCGUGCCCAACGAUAGCAUCGUCUUCCACGUGAUGGAUGGCUCACAAGCGGGGGGCGCCGCCCCCUUGGAGACGGGCACCACGCCACAGGACACGGACGCGGAGAGCGCCGUCUCCACCAUUUUGCAUGAGGCUGAGGAGACAGAUGAGAGUGCUUUGGCGAAAACGAGGCGGCCAUCCAGCGCGUCGCACGCGCAACGAGUAGAAGAAGAAGGAGGGAAACCGCCAGCUAAGGCGAUGCCCGCGAAGACGGCGAAGACGGCGAAGAUGCCUUCAAAAAGGCUUCAACGCAUUCGCCCAGCGUCCGCGCCCAGCGGGCGUGGCGCACCCCCGCCGCCGCCGGAGGAUACUCAGGGGGCCAAGUUGGCAGGGAAGGCGCCUUCAUUCACGCCAUCGGUUGCACAAAAAGAGGCAUCUCUGAGGCAUAGUCCUGCUAUGCCCGCGCCAGAAGCCGCUGAGACCGAUGCGGCACACCCGGUGCCAGCGAGUACGCGUCCAGGGGCCGCCCCUGUGCCUUCCAAAGAGGCGCCGCGGCUGACAAAGGCGGCAGCAACAGGCGUGGCAAAAGCUUCGCCCCCAACACGACGCUCCCAAAGUGCCAAUUCGGUGGGGCGGGCUGAAAUAAAACAUGCGCCCACAGCUGUGGGUAAGGCGUUGUCGGAGCGUUCGCCUCCCCGCGUCUCUGCGGAGGUGCCAGUGCCAUACCCCAAGACGCAAGCCGAUGCCACGCAGUCCUCUGCCCCGUACUUGCUGGACGAGUGGAUUCUGCAGGCCAAGCUGUACACAGAGCACUGGCGUCUCUUCAAUGACGUUCAGAGGGAAGAGAUUGCGCGUUUGGUGGAACGCAUUGCGAAGGCACGUCAACCGGAGCACCGUCUUUGUUCCCUCGACACGGACGCGAGGGAAAAACAACCGUCAGCUGCCGCACUGGGCGGAUUUGCCGACCUUUUUAGGCAGAGACACCCCAUCACGCAGGACCCUGCGGUGGCUGCUUCUGCCGCUGCCACGAGCACCUCCCACGCCGCGCAAGCGGGAAGAGGCUUACGGCCUGGGUCACCACGGCCGGCACUUUCGCUGCCCCCGAGCGGCGUCGCUCCGCGUGGUCCAUCGGCGCCUGGGCGAAGGCGCGAUCACGGUGUUACCGCCACCAGGCUGCUCAAGGCUGCCGCGGCAAGACAGUCCCCGCCAGAGCUGCAGGAGCUCCAACACGCCCCGGUGCAGGCGGCACGUGGCGGGUGGUUUGCGCGGCUCCGCGACACGGCCGCAGGUGAAGGCGCUGCAAAGCUCGCCCAGACUCUGGGCGUCAUUUGGCCCCCACUCUCGCCGGACGCUCUCUUUUUCAUGACUGGUGCCCGUCUGACUCCGCAGCAGAGGGAUGAGUUCUACGAGGCGGUGGAGCUUCAGAGCGCGGCCUCUGGGCAGAUGCGCACGGAGUUGCGGCGUGCUGCUGCGUCGCAGAAGCUGGAAAAGAAAGAUGCUCGCCGGAAAAAAUUGACGCCCUCACGCACCUCCAUCCUGCGAAAGGCCUUUGCCUUGAUGGACGUCGACAAGAGAGGCUCUCUUUGCACAACGGACCUUCCGGCGCUGCAGCAUUUGCUCGAGGCGGAGCGGAAGGAGUUGGAGGCAACAGCAAAGGGUGGGGCCGCGACAGCCACUGUUCUUUCGCGUGCGAGGGGUGAGCUGCGUCAACUCACCGGCACGAUUGCCGCCAACCGCACUGCUGCGAACACUCACGGCGAGAGCCCCUCUGCCGCUGCGGAGGCGAUGUUGUACGGGCUUGUUAUAGACGUUAUCUUCCCAAUUAUUAGGGCCGCCAAUUUGGUUGUGAUCGACUUCGCAUCCCUUGGCCUUCUGGUAUUUGGGUCUUUGUAUCUUUCUGAGAAGGGCGCGAGUGCGAGUUUUAUGGAAUGGCGGCAGGCAGCACAUCGUUACUUUGAAGCGUUUGCGUAG